GGGGGGUGCUCCUCGUACUUCGCGUUUUCCGUCCGCAGGCCAAAUGGGGCCAUUUUUCGCGUCCCAUCUUCGCGCACUGUCCUCUGCCUCGCUAUUUAUAUCCAGACGAUCCUCCGCCUUCCUCUCCCUCCCCCGUCCUCCUUCUCCGACCGUCCAUUCUUCGCCAUGCGUUCCUCUAUACCCUCCUUCCUCCUGCUCCUCACCCUCCUCUUCUGCUUCAUCCAGUCUUCUCAGGCUCUUAUAUUCCCGAAGCCAACAGUUCGAUGCUCUGAUCCCACGUCGUCCUCUACCUGCCCGCGCGGCCAGACAUGCAACGACGACUCCGGAUUCUGCGAGCCCUCCCUUUACUAUUACUCCAAGAAGUUCCUAUCUGAGAAACGUGCCCUGUUUGCUCGCGCAACGACACUCUCUACCGUUAUCGUUUCAUCUACCUCGACAUCGGCCUCUUCCGCGGCAUCUGCCUCCUCCACCGCAAUCGCAAAUUCCUCUCUCGCCGCUAUCACUACAGAUGGCACCUGCGGAGCUGCCAAUGACAACACUAUCUGCGGCGACUGGUUCGCCGGUAGCUGCUGCUCGCAGUACGGCUACUGCGGAAACACCACCGCCCACUGCGGCGCUGGUUGCCAGUCCGGUGACUGCAUCACCACCGGAGUUGUUACCAUCGACGGCACCUGCGGUGUAAACUACGGCAAUACUGUCUGCGAUGACUGGGAAUCCGGCAACUGCUGCUCUCAGUACGGCUUCUGCGGCAGCGGUGAUGACUACUGUGGAACUGGGUGCCAAUCUGGCGACUGUCUUGCUUUCUCCUCCGAUGUGUCUUCAGUCGCAAGCUCGACCCCGUCCUCAUCCAAGUCUUCGUCUUCAUCUUCGGCCUCGUCCACACCAAUCUCCUCGUCUUCGACUAAGGUCUCUUCUAUCGUUUCGUCGUCCAAGGUCUCUUCUACCGUUUCGUCGUCCUUGUCGUCUUCGACUAAGCUAUCGUCGUCUUCGACUACGCUAUCAUCCUCGUCUUUUGUUUCCCCUCUUCUCUCCUCCUCACAAGAGCCCGUUCUUGGAAGCCCGAGCGCGACGACUUACUCCCAGAGUCACCAAGCGACUGCCCUUGUCACCACCGACGGUACCUGCGGCGCUCAGAACAAUGACACCGUGUGCGGCAACUGGGCCCAAGGAAACUGCUGCUCGCAGUACGGCUACUGCGGAGACACGACUGCCCACUGCGGAACUGGCUGCCAGUCUGGAAACUGCACUUCCAAUCCUGAAGCUGAGGUUCCUGGUGAAACCACUGCUCCUCAGGCUUCAGGUGAUGACGCUGGACAGUUUGAGAUUGUGGGCGAGUCUGGAGUUCCUGCCAUGCACGCUGGUCUUUUGCCUAACGGAAAAGUUGUUUUCCUCGAUAAGGUCGAGAAUUACACGCAGGUCAAGCUUGACACCGGGUACUACGCCUACUCGUCCGAGUAUGACCCGGAUACAAACACAUACACCGCACUUCCCUACAAGACCAACGCUUUCUGCUCCGGUGGCUGCUUCCUUGCUAACGGAGACUUUCUUUCUCUUGGUGGAAAUGCUCCGCUGACCGACAUCGACCCCACUGUCGGAGAUGGCUUCGAUGCGAUCAGAUACCUCAAGCGCGCGAUCGACGAUCCUUCUCUCGAUGGCAACGCCUGGUCAGAGCCUGGUAACAAGCUCGCUUCCGCUAGAUGGUACGCGUCAGCCCUCACGCUUGCCAACGGCGAGGUGUUUGUUACUUCUGGUAGUCUGAACGGACUUGACCCCACCGUGCCUGCGAACAAUAACCCGACCUGGGAGUUGCUUGACAAGACUGGUACUUCCUACGGAGUCAAUAACCCGAUGGAGAUUCUUGUUACAAACCAGCCAUACUAUAUGUACCCGUUUAUGCACCUUCUGAAGAACGGUGACGUCUUUGUCUUUGUUUCGAAAUCGGCCGAGAUUUUCAACGUUGGGUCUAACACUACCGUCUUGACUCUCCCCGACCUUGCGGGUGACUACCGCACAUACCCCAACACCGGUGGUUCGGUUCUGCUCCCAUUGAGCGCUGAUAACGACUACGCGUCUGAGAUCGUGGUUUGCGGUGGUGGCUCGUAUCAGGACAUCACGUCUCCUACCGACGCUAGCUGUGGACGCAUCAAGCCUGAGGACGACAAUCCGGAAUGGGAACUGGAGGGCAUGCCUGUCUCUCGUGAUAUGAUCGAGGGUGUUCUUCUUCCCGACGGAACUACGCUCUGGCUCAACGGUGGCCACUGGGGAUCGCAAGGCUUCAAUCUGUCGCGUGACGCUGUGCUUGAAGCUCUGCUCUACAAUUCGAGCGCACCCUCAGGCUCCCGCUUUACUGUCCUCGCGAGCUCGACAAUCGCUCGUCUCUAUCACUCUGUUGCGCUCCUCAUUCCUGACGGAACUGUUCUUGUUGCGGGAUCCAACCCUGUCGAGCAGCCUGUCUUGACCGCUGAUGAGUACACUCCUUACGUGACCGAGUUCCGCGUCGAAAUCUUCACUCCUCCUUAUCUCAUGGGCGACAAGCGCAGUAUCCGUCCUUACGACGUCUCGCUGGACUCAACCUCUCUCAGCAACGGCAACACUUUCGAUCUCACCUUCAGCCAGGGCUCGGACUCGAUCUCUGACCUCAAAGUUGUGCUCUACCACACCGGUUUUGUCACGCACUCCGUCCACAUGGGCCACCGCAUGGUGUAUCUCGAGUACACUGGCUUUGAGUCUGGAAAGGUCAACUCGACCCACACUCUGACUGUCAGCAUGCCGGGGACCGAUUACAUGAGUGUGACGCCGCCGGGACCGUACUUGGUCUUUGUUGUUGCCGAUGGUAUUCCGUCGGUGGGUGCUAGUGUUAUGGUGAACGAGGACGUUUAAAAUUCUCUUUUGGCUCUAUUGUAACUUCGUAUGUAUUUCUAUUUUUGUGAGGAGUUGUCUUAACUCUGUGUGAGUAUUGUGCUAUUAUUACCUAGGCU